AUGCGCCCGCUGAGCAUGUCCCAGCCCUUCCUGCUGGCGCCCAUCGCCGAGUGCGCCCCGGAGCCGCCCGGCGCGCAGGUCCGCCUGGCGGUGCUGGGCUCCCGCGGCGUCGGCAAGAGUGCGAUGAUCGUGCGGUUCCUGACGAAGCGGUUCAUCGGGGACUACGAGCCCAACACAGGCAACCUCUACUCCAGGCUGGUCCGUCUGGAGGGGGACCACGUUGCCGUGCAGAUCCAAGACACGCCGGGGUGCAUCCAGGUGCAGGAAGACUGCGUGCAGGUGCUGGACUCCCUGUCCCGGUGUGUGAAGUGGGCAGAGGGCUUCCUCCUGGUUUACUCCAUCACAGACUACAGCAGCUACCAGUCAGUCCGGCCUCUCUACCAGCACAUACGCAAGGUCCACCCAGAUGCCAGGACUCCCAUCAUUAUCGUGGGGAACAAAGCAGACCUCCUCCAUGCCAGGCAAGUACAGGCGAAAGAGGGACUACAGCUGGCAAAUGAACUGGGCAGCCUGUUCUUGGAAAUCUCCACGAGUGAUGACUCCCAAGGCGUCUGCGACGUUUUCCAGUAUCUUUGCAAGGAGGUCAGCAAACUACAGCACGCCGGCAGCGCGGAGAGGAGGCGGUCGUCCAUCAUCCCUCGGCCCAAAUCUCCCAACAUGCAAGAUCUAAAGAGACGUUUCAAACAGGCUUUAUCUUCCAAAGUCAAAUAA